UUUCCCGGAAACUCCAUCAGGUAGAGUAGUUUCUCGAUGAUGGGCAUGUCCCCUCGGAACUCCACACACUUGCACACGCUUCCUACCCACACGUAUAGGAGUAGAAACAGGCACCAAAGGGAGUGGAUCCAGCUUAGAAGGCCCCUUCUCCCACUGGGAAAUACACCCAGAAUUCGGCUGAGGGUCAGCAGGAGAUUCUCCCAGCACGAACUGUCCAUCCCGAGGUCCUUUCAAUUAGUGAUUGGAGUUAUAAUUCAUUAAAGGAGUUUACUAUUAAUUGGUGUGAUUGAUGGUUGGGCAGAAGGGUUGACAUGAGUAAUGGUCAUAAGAAAUUAUAAAUCCUGAGCAGUUACAAUGUGGAGCUUGAGGAGACCACUCACGAAACGUCCCAAGCCCAAAGCCUGGUUGAAGGAGGGGCCAUCUUCUUACCACCUGCAAUAUGCGGAGAGAUUCAGGCAGCUCCAUGACACCCUGCACUGGUUACUACUCAUCUCCGUUCUGGCCAAUACGGCGCCCAUCACUAUUCUCCCCGGCUGCCCCAACAGGUUCUACCGGCUGGUCCACCUGCUUUGGAUGAUUGUUUGGUAUGGAAACUUCGCCCUGGCCUCCUACUUCGAAUUCGUGCUGGUCACUAUACACAGGGUUUCGCUGAAUCGCUACCUCAACUCCAUCGAGUCUGCAGUCUACGUGAUCCACAUAUUUGUCAUCUUGCUGCUCACUUGGCAGUGGAGGAACUGUGUGCCCAAGGUCAUAGAGGCAAUUGUGAGAUCGGAUCUGGAAAGGGGAUACACCUUGGAUGGCCGGAAAACCAAGAGGUUUAUCAAACUGCAGCUGUUUCUGGUGGGGAUCUUCACCUGUCUGGCCGUCGUCCUUGAUAUAUGGGGCCAGAAUUUUCUGAUACACAAAUCGCUCCUGAGCAUUAACAGCUAUGUGCUGCCCAACAUCAUAAGCAGUCUGUCCUUCGUUCAGUACUACCUCCUGCUCCAGGGAAUCGCAUGGCGUCAGAGGAGGGUUACCGAAAGCCUGGAGCGGGAGUUGUUCCACGUACUUAGGCCUCGGAAAGCGGAGAUCCAAAGAUUUCGCCUGCACCACGCAGAUCUGACCAAUUUUACCAGAUUGGUGAACCGCACCUUUCAGUACUCCAUUGUACUCCUAUUCGUGGGCUGCUUCUUAAACUUUAACCUGGUCUUGUUCCUGGUGUACCAGGGCAUCGAGAACCCAACGAUGACAAGCCAUGCCAAGUGGCUCCAAAUGCUCCUCUGGCUUGCCAUGCACAUAGGAAAGGUGUCCAGCGUCCUGUACUUCAACCAGAAGAUCCAGCACGAGCAAUCCAAGUGUUUGACCUUAUUGAGUGGCGUCUCUUGCUCUGGAAACGAUCUGCAGGAGACUGUAAACCACUUUGUUCUUCAAAUGCGAACGAAUAUACGACAGCAUGUGGUGGGAGGCGUAAUAGUUCUGGAACUCAAGUUUUUAACAGCUUUGCUGGUAGCCUCUGCCGAUUUCUUCAUCUUUCUGCUGCAAUAUGAUAUCACCUACGAGGCCUUAUCUAAAUCGGUUCCGGGAAAUAUCACCAAAAAUUAA